AUGCCUCGCAUAAAGCAGAAGACCAAAGCAGAGGAUCUGGCCCGCGUGCGCAACAACCAGCGCCGCUGCAGACAGCGAAAACGCGAUCAUGUAGCUGAGCUAGAACAUGAACUUGCAUCUAUCAUGGAGGCUACUUCCCGUGAGAUCCUGGGACUACGGUCUCUUAUGGACAGCCUUCGUCGGGAGAACGAAAGUUUAACGGCUCUACUCAAUCUCCGCGGUAUCGACGACAAAAUGCCUAGGGUCAGCAGGCAAGCAGAGUACGAUAAUAACGUCAUAGGCAAUAUAUGCAGGGAUCCGGCUCUGUUGAUGGACGAGACUAGCUUGGUGGGACCAACAAAAGACACACCAAUGGGACAGGUUUCCCAGCUCUGCUAUUGUCCAUCGAAGGGUUCUUCUUCUGUUUCGUUUGAAGACCUCAAAGAUUCCAACUGCCUCCCGAUUCCACCACAGGUGGCGCCAAUUUCUGCGUCUUUUUAUGACCCAGGUACCGAUGUACUGGAAUCCAUCCUGAGAAAUGAGGUGUCGGAAGACAAGUACGAAGACACGACAGUGUGUGCCGUAGCUUUGGAGCUGGUCAUGAGUUGCAACACAAAGAACCUAAGUAUAUUGGACCUUGAUAUGCGUCUUCGGUCAGGGUAUAGGAGCGCGCGCUUCCAAUGGGAGGGCUGCAGAGUUGAUAACCAGGUCCUGUUUGCUGUUCUUGCUGAAAUAACGUGA